UAAAUAUACUACCGAAAGUUGCGUAGACUCGAAUAUCACACAUGUAAACGAGAAAAAAUAUUAACAGCUGAUAGAAAUAAAAAUUAGUCGUGUUCGAACAUACAUUUUCUAUAAACCUUGAGAGGUUACGACACGGUUACGAGAUUCGAUAAUUAUGUUUAGAAAUAAAUUAUACCAUGAGUUAAUUUUUUCGGGUGAUUCAAAUGCUGAAUAGUACUGACCAUGGAACAGUCCAUACAUGUGGAGACAGGAGCUCAGCUCCUGGCUCGGCUCAUGAAAAGACCCAUUCUUCAUGGACUGGAAAAAGAUCUAUUCUCUGAUGGUCCAAGGCCAAACGAGGUGAUUGAAGUAUCUGGCAACUUGUCGAGCGGGAAGACACUUUUGAUAACUCAAUUAAUUGCAAAGUGUCUCCUGCCGCGCAGGUACAAAGGCAUUGAACUGAACGGACGAGAGGCAGGAGUUGUACUUGUGAAUACAGAUCAUCAUUUUCACAUACCUACUCUGGUUGAUCUAAUGGCCUGCUUUAUACGUAACAACAAUGAUGCGAGGAAAUUAGGUACAACAGAUGUCUUUGAUGAUAAAGGCAUUAAGAGUAUCAUUGAAGAUUCUCUUAGGUACUUCACCGUUAUAAAUUGUUAUGAAAGUAGUCAAUUCUUCUUGAGCUUACAAUCACUCCAAGGUAUACUGUCAAACGAUGAUAAAAUAGCAAUGAUUGCUAUUGAUAGUAUAUCGUCUUACUAUUGGCAAGACAGGAAGCACGGAGAAUGUUGGUCAAUGGACGGAUAUGUGAAGAGCUGCUUGAACAUCAUGCAAAAGCACACUUUUGGUCACAAAAUCAUUCUUCUUUAUACCAGACCCAGUGACGUCGAAUCAAAAAGUAAAGAGGCUGUAGUUCGUACCUCUUUACUAAACGAAGAAAAAAUUCAUUAUAAAAUACAACUUCAUAAACAGCAUGAUGUCAAUCAGUUUUCAGCUGUGGUUGAAUCCGUAAGUGAUAACAGAAAUCUCAGUUACAUUGUAAGUAACAACGGUAUAGAAUGGAGGACAUGUUACAGUAAACGGUAGAAACGAUUUAAAGUAUUCCUGCUCCAAAAAUAACUUUUCAACAAACUUAUAAAUCAAAAAAAAAAAACCAUAUCUAUAUAUAUACAAUUAAAAUAAAAUAAAGAAAGCAUUGUACAGUGUCAA